AUGUUAUGUGUUUCAGGCUUUUCAAGAGAUGAUGAAUGGGGAUAUCGUAAUAUUGAACCACUUAAGACGAGUAUCGUUAGUAUUGCAUUAGUAAUGCUUAAAACAACAGGACAGGGUAAUCAAAUGGCAACAGCACAAAAGUUGUUAUUAUUUUGGAGGAAACCGGCUAGAAAAUGCUGGUGGGAUGGAUUAGAAAUUAAAGUUUUUGGUGAUAGAGCCGUACCGAUCCGAUUAUGGUGCAGACGUACAUGGACUUUGGAAUUGGCUUUGGUUUAA